AUUCCAGAUUUCAGCAGAGUUUUUUGAGCUGUGCAGACAUAGAAGGCACUUGGAAAUGUCCAGAGGGACAGCCUUAGCAAGCCUGUGACCUUCUAUGACAUACUGGACCAUGGCAUUUCAGCAGGGAUUUGAUCAAGAUUGUUAAACACAUGCCAAAAAGAGAACCACUUCUUGGACUUUUUCAAUCAAGUAGCACUAUAUUUGGACUGGAAACAGCUUGUGGAGGAGCAGGAAUAACCAUUACAAGGCAAGUGAAAAGUUUUAAGCAGAUACUACAGUCAAGGAAGAAACAACUUGAAUAUAUCUGGGCAAGUUUCCAUACUGACUCAAGCAACAAUUUCCCAUGACAUCAGAUUCAAAACAAACAAUAUAUUAUAGUCCAUAUGUUGACUAAAGAAAACCCAGGCAGUGCAGAGGCAUGCAGUAGCCUACUGAACACCGACUGAACAAAGCUGGAUUGCUUGUAAGCCAUGGACAUUAAACAACUAAAAAACUCCAAGUUUUCAGGAUAAGGAGCCUGAAUAAGACUUCUCAGCAAGAUGAGGUUGUGAAUGCUGAGCAGCACGUGAAGUUCCAGUUAUGCUAAAUGCUGCCGAAACCCAUGGCCAUGGAGAACCCCUGCCUCAGAAACCUAACAGUGUGCAACCUGCCAGUGCUGAAAUAGAAAUGGUUAAUGCAUGGUUUGCUGAGAGAGUUCAUACCAUCCCAGUCUGCAAGGAGGGAACCAAGUCCCAGAGUGAAUCCUGUGAUUGUCACCAGCCUGCCUGUGCUGAAACGACCAACUCUGGGACACCAGCGAGGAAAAUCUCUGCUUCUGAAUUUGACAGACCCUUAAGGCCAAUCGUUGUCAAGGACUCAGUAGGAGCAGUGAGCUUCCUCUCUGGCUCUGAGAAGAAGGAGCAGAUGCCUCUGCAACCUCCAAGGACCGAGACCAGUGCAGGGGAUCAGUGCUCAAGGCUAUUAGAACUUGUGAAGGAUAUUUCCAGUCACUUAGAUGUCACAGCACUUUGCCAUAAAAUUUUCCUACACAUCCAUGAGCUGAUAGCAGCUGAUCGCUAUUCCCUGUUUUUGGUCUGUGAGGAUAGCUCCAAUGAGAAGUUUCUUGUCAGCAGGCUGUUUGACGUGGCAGAGGGCUCCACCCUGGAAGAAGCUUCCAACAACUGCAUUCGCCUGGAGUGGAACAAGGGCAUUGUGGGUCACGUAGCAGCUAUAGGGCAGCCUCUGAACAUCAAGAAUGCGUAUGAGGAUCCAAGAUUCAAUGCAGAAGUUGACCAGAUCACAGGGUAUAAGACUCAGAGUAUUCUCUGCAUGCCAAUAAAGAAUCAUAGGGAAGAGGUUGUUGGUGUGGCUCAAGCAAUCAAUAAGAAGUCUGGAAUUGGUGGCACUUUUACUGAACAAGAUGAAAAGGAUUUUGCCGCAUAUUUGGCAUUUUGUGGAAUUGUUCUUCACAACGCUCAAUUGUAUGAGACAUCUUUGCUUGAAAACAGGCGUAAUCAGGUGCUUCUUGAUCUUGCCAGCCUGAUUUUUGAAGAGCAGCAGUCUUUGGAAGUAAUUCUGAAGAAGAUAGCUGCCACUAUAAUAUCCUUCAUGCAAGUGCAGAGGUGUACCAUCUUCAUAGUGGAUGAAGAUUGUACUGAUUCAUUUUCUAGUGUGUUUCACAUGGAAUCUGAGGAAUUAGAAGAUUCAGCUGAUAAUCUGAAGAGGGACUAUGACACAAACAAAAUCAAUUAUAUGUAUGCUCAGUAUGUCAAGAAUACAAUGGAGCCUCUCAACAUCCCAGAUGUCUGCAAAGACAGAAGAUUUCCCUGGACAAAUGACAAUGCAGAAAACGUAAGUCAACACAUAAAGAGUUUGCUGUGUACACCAAUAAAAAAUGGGAAAAAGAAUAAGGUGAUAGGGGUUUGCCAGCUUGUGAAUAAGAUGGAAGAAAACUCAGGCAAAAUAAAGGCUUUCAACAGAAAUGAUGAACAGUUCCUGGAAGCAUUUGUCAUCUUUUGUGGCUUGGGGAUCCAGAAUACACAGAUGUAUGAAGCUGUAGAAAGAGCCAUGGCCAAACAGAUGGUGACAUUAGAGGUUCUUUCGUACCAUGCUUCUGCUGCUGAGGAGGAAACGAGGGAGCUGCAGGUAACAGCGGCUGCUGUAGUACCAUCUGCACAGUCUCUCAACCUAACUGACUUCUACUUCAGUGAUUUCGAGCUAUCAGAUUUUGAAACAACACUGUGUACGAUUCGAAUGUUCACAGAUCUCAACCUAGUGCAAAAUUUCCAAAUGAAACAUGAGGUUCUCUGCAGAUGGAUUUUAAGUGUGAAGAAAAAUUAUCGGAAAAAUGUUGCUUAUCACAAUUGGAGACAUGCCUUUAAUACAGCGCAGUGCAUGUUUGCUGCUUUAAAAUCUGGUAAAAUUCAGAGCAAACUGACUGACUUGGAAACACUGGCUUUGCUGAUAGCAACUCUAAGCCAUGAUUUGGAUCACAGGGGAGUGAACAACUCUUACAUACAAAGAAGUGAACAUCCACUGGCUCAACUGUAUUGCCACUCAAUCAUGGAGCAUCAUCAUUUUGAUCAAUGCCUUAUGAUCCUGAAUAGUCCAGGAAAUCAGAUUCUCAGCAGCCUUUCUAUUGAAGAAUACAAGGCCACACUGAAAAUGAUAAAACAAGCUAUUCUUGCCACAGACCUAGCACUAUACAUAAAGAGGAGAGGAGACUUUUUUGAACUUCUAAGGAAGAAGCAAUUUAAUUGGGAAGAUCCUACACAGAAGGAGCUAUUUUUAGCAAUGCUGAUGACUGCUUGUGAUUUAUCAGCCAUAACCAAACCAUGGCCAGUUCAGCAACGGAUUGCUGAGCUUGUAGCUGCUGAGUUCUUUGAUCAAGGAGAUAAAGAGCGGAAGGAACUCAACAUAGAACCAACAGAUCUAAUGAACAGAGAGAAGAAAAAUAAAAUUCCCAGCAUGCAGGUUGGAUUCAUAGAUGCUGUUUGUUUGCAGCUAUAUGAGGCACUAACGCAUGUGUCAGAGGCCUGCUACCCUUUACUGGAUGGCUGUAGAAAAAAUAGGCAGAAAUGGCAAUCCCUAGCUGAACAACAAGAGAAGAAUCUCAUUAACGGAGAAAGCAAUCAAGCCAAACGGAACUGAGAUGCUGAUUUAACAACCACAAGCUUACAUAGAAGACGUAGUAAUAAGAGAGUACUGCAUUUUGCCAAACACUGUAUGAAUUUGGCUGAUGUUUUGCCACUGCUGUAUUAUUUUUCCACAUUUCAAGAUAUAGCAUGACCAUGUAUAUGCCAAGGUUAUAUAAAGAUAGUAUGUUUAUUUUAUUACAUCUAAUUGAGAUGGGAAAAGAUCUGCAAGGGUAGUUUUUGCUACCCUAUUCCACAAGAAGGUACGAGUGCAGUUGCUCGGCUGUCCCCAAGAGCCUAUUACUUUAUAGAUGUAUAUAGUUUUUUAGGGAUCAUGUUGUGGCCAGUAUCUUAAAGACUACUGCAUUUCGCACCUUUUUUCCUCUUCCAAUCUUGCUGUGCUAUGUUAUAAAAGUAACGAGCAGUCUUGCCUGUUCUCUUCCCAGAGGUUCAGAGGAAAGAUUGGGACUAAUUCUGGGAAGCCUAAUCCAGCAUAUACUAUGCUAACUUCUUUCAGCAGACAGAACUGGGCUUCAGAGUGACAAAGCCCCACAAUCUGUGCACCCAGUAGUUUUUUUAUUAUUAUUUUCUCUUUUUUAAAAAAAUAAUUGUCUUAGUAAAUGUCUUAUAUUUGGAGAAAAUUUUAAAAACCCUGUGAAUUACUAGGCAAUGGGGGUCUUAGGAGUUUUGUGGUAGAAGGGUCAUAAUUAUCCAUGGGUAAUGGAUGAUUACAAAGCUCUUGAAGGCUGACGAAAUGUCACAACAUAACUGACAGGCUGUCGUGGAAGAAUGGCUCCCAUAGAAGGCUACAAGAAGCACACGGAAAAAUGGAAACUAAACAGGAUCAUUUUUAUAUGGUGGUUUUAACCUCAUUUGGAAGCUGAAUUUGACAUUAUCGUAACCAACAGCCUGAAUCACGGGCAGGAAGAAUAUAAGAGAAUGUGACUGCAAGAGCAAGAGAUGAAAAUCUGAAGCAGAAUAACACCAGGAUGGGACACUUCUGGUGACUAUCAAAGACCAAUUCUUUAGGCCAGUGCUAUUAUGAAAUGGCUAUGACCACUUUGAAAAAGAUUUCUGUUGACAGCUUUUAAAAAUCAUUUUUAGCAUUAGUUAAUGUUAAUGAUGAUUAAUCACAGUGUCUCCAAUGAAUAUGAAAGAAUAAGAAUAAAGAAAAAAAAAAUAAGGAAUAAGAAAAAAAGAAAAAAAAAUAGCCAAGAAUGCUACAGGGAUUUGCCAUUUGUAUAUGAGGCAUUAAUGUUCAGAAAAGUAAGACAUCAUUUAAUUUGCACUAAGAAAAAAAUGGUAUUGACAUUUUAUUUAAAUGAAGAUGACUAAUAAAAAUUAGUUUGAAUUAGGAACCAAUUCAAGAAAAUAUAUGCAUAAGACAAACACCAAAAUAGUAAUACAAAGAAAGUGCUAUUCUUUGGGUGGAUAGGAUUAGGAGAUUAAUGUCAGCAAUCUAAAACUGGUUAGCAGUAUGUGUAACUUUGGCUGCACAGACACACAGAAAUUGUUAUUUUUUUAAUCUGUAGUAAUUAUUUUUCAGUUAAAAUCAGCAACAGUAUUUGGCAAAAGUAAUACAUUUUGGAUUAUACUUUGAAGUAUGGGAGUUUGUGUCUAUCACAGUAACACAGAAAAUUCUAUUUGGAAACAGCAACGAAUUUUUCUUCCCAGGAGAUUAUCAAUCCCCCCCUGUAAGAGCUGGUCAGAAAGUGAAAACAACCUCUUUUUAUCAGUCUCUGCAUUUAAAUAAACGAUACAAGACAAAGCAAAUGUUUCAAAAUAGUCUCAAAAACAUUCAAAAUGUUUUGUAGUUAUUUUUUUUUAAUGUUGAAUAAAGUAUUCUGGUACUCUGCAGCAUUUCUGUCAACCUAGAUUAUUUGUCAUGGAUUAAACCCUAUCUCAAAUUUCUCUAAUGAUUACCGAUAAUAUAUUAUUGCAGCUGAUUUUGAAAACGUUUUUAUACAAAUGUACUUCUCCUGAAUUUUUUUCCAGAUUUUACAAAAAGAAUGGAAUUCAACAAUAAUUACGAAUUCCAGGGCUACUGUUAUGCAGUGUUCCAUAUGUGUGUUUAUAUACGUACACAGUACAAUAUAUGUGCGUAGUAUGUCAUAGCUAUGCAGAAAAAUGACAGCAACCUGUCCCCCCGGCAGACACCCCUACAAAAAAAGUUUUUAGGUACCUUCUGAUAAAUAGGAAACUUUGCUUCAAGAUUUUCAUAGUCCUUGUAUAUUAUUUUCCUUGAAUGCCUGAGAUACUGAAAUAUACUCGUUAUGCUAACUGAUGAGAUAUGUAUUUAAGCUAAAUAUGAAUCAAGUAUAUGUAUAUAAAGGUGUAUUCUUGCUAGUAUGGUUGAGACUAGUAAUUCACAGUGACAACAUGGCAAAUCAACUACGGUGAUAUUCCAGUGUAGUGACAUAUAAUUUACAUUAAGAUCCCAGUAUGCAGUAUGCCUUUGCUAUAUUGUGUGUUCAGCAAAGCUUUACUACGACAUAGAACUAUUACAAAGCAGUUCUGGAUUCACACCUUGACUUGAAAGAAAUGGGUGUGACGUUGCAUCUUUUCAAAGGUUCACUUAAAAUGAACACAGUUAUACAGUUAUGUGCAUGUAUUUAAUUACACAUCUGUACACAUCCCACAGAAUCUCCUCCACUACAGAGAUCAGCAGAUAUACAGUUCCUACUAAAUAAACCAUUUAAAUGUCAUAAUACACCUGUAUCUGUAUAUAUUCCUACAAAAUCAACCCCUUUAAACUACUGGUUUAAGAACCUUAAAAGCAUAGAUUGCUGUACUUCAUGAAAAUUUAGAGUUGAUCAAAUUGUUUAUAUAGUGUUUUACUCUGCCUGAAUACAAAGUCAGAGUGUGCUGGGUUUGUGUCAUUUGUGUCAACUGUUCGCAGAAAUUGCUAUUUUUGUUCAUAAUGUAAAUAGGUGACAAUAUGAAAAAAAGCCAGGCUGUUUUCUGCCUGAAAUUCAUUGCCUUCAGAAUUCAAUAUUUUCAAAGCCAGCUAAUGGAUUACAGCCAUGCAGCUGCCAUCAAUUUCAUAAAGAGUUCCGUAUGUAAUUAUUUUCGUCAGGUCUGAAACAUAUUCUCCCCUAACUUAUAUUGUCAUGAUGAAAUUGAGUUUAUCACUUUUUCAGUCCAUUAAAGCCAUUGUGAAAUUUGAUAUUUAAGUCUUCCUGUAUAGAAUUUGUCCCACUAAUUUUUAAUACUUGUCUCAAUGAAGAUAUCUAAGUUAGUAUCUAAGUUAGUAUCUAAGUAAGUAUUGUUCUCAGAUACAUUUUCUUUUAAAGUCACUCCACAGCACAGUUUAAUGCUUAAAGUACACCUUUCUUUCCGUUUUAUUCCCCUUCUGAAAAAAUAACUUGUCAUAUGUGUUAACAUACACCAAACUACUGAUUAACCCUACCUUUUCUAAUUAAAUUAACAGUGAGGCUCUUACGCUUUUGCAACAAGUUAGUCACAUGUCCCAUCUUAGCUGUAGAAUGUAUAGGUUUUCUCUUAUGUCACACAAUAAAAUAAAAGAAGGGGAAAAAAACUUAAUGUUGAUUUUGGAGACAGUAUUGAUUUUUAAUCAGUAGAAGUUUGAAGUUAAGAGCAGAUUAUUCUCACAUAUUUGCAGAAUGCAAGUACAAGUGGGCAAGUGAUAGAAGUGAAUAAUCUAUUCCGUUGAUGACCAGCCGAUCUCCCUUUAGAGGAGAGGACUGAAGCCUGAUUUUAUGCAUCACCCUCUGUCAACUGGUUGCAUAUAAAGAUAAACUUUUGAACUCCAGUCCAAAGCACUUUAUCUGGCAGCAGCAUGAACUGCCAAAAUUAGAACACUAAUACAUAUAUUACAUUUUUCAAAAUUACUGGAUAACUGGUUUUCCAACCAUUAUACAGGAAGAUUAUAAAAAGUCAGAUUUAGCCCCUUAAAAUUAGGGGAUGCUUUGCUGAGUGAUCUGCUUGGUGCCGCCUGCAGUUGUGCAUGAGAAGAUAGCAGAGUUUUGAUGGAAAAAAAUGCCUCAUAAUAAAUUCAUACAUUUUCAAAGGUUUUAUAGAGACCUAGUAUUUCAGGAAAAUUUUUGCAUUUGCUUUAGUUAAGAGUCUCGUCUCUGUGAUGCUGUAGCUUCUUCAUGUCAAGUCACGUGCAGUUUACACUCCAAAAGGUUUCAGCUUUAUUUCACAGUUCCCUGCUUUACUUCUUCAGGGACUUGCACUAAUUUGAAAGAUAAGCUUGAACAUUGGAGCUUGAAUAAAAAAAUGAGUUUGGCCAAAGUAUAAGAAUUCAUGAUGGCUGGAUUUUGGGGUUUGGACUCUCACGAGAACAAGAAACAUCACAGAAUCUAGCCUCGUAAUUAGUGACACUUGCUCAAUGCAGCAAAUUGUGACAGCAGGAGAUUUUAUCUUUGGCAUUGCUAGAUGAAUGGAAAUUGCAUGGGAAAGUGUAUUUUCCACAUAAAGAAGUCUGUUUCCAUAGAGAAACUCAUAUAGAAGUACCACUGUUUGUAAAUGUGUAUUUAUGUGACAAUGCUAUAUAAUAGCUAGUUUCCACUAACCUUCACAGCAUGAGCUUGCCAUGCCAGGGCCUCAGGCACGCUCAAAUGCCCAUCUGAAGUCAAUUAUAUGAUUCCCAUUUAUGUCAGUGGGAGCUGGACUGAGCUGUAAAGAAAGAGAAAAAAUGGGUCAAAUCCACCUUUUUUACCUGUAAAGAGGGACCAAACUCUCAUCCUCGGUAACACCUGCCUCACUUGCUCUUUGCUGUAUUCAGCUACUCCUGCUGAUGCCCAAGGUACCUUACAGAUGUAACUGAAGUUAGAAUUCGAGCCCUCUAUGUAUUCACGUGGCAGACACUUGCAUGUGUCUCUUGAAGAAUGUAGUGUGAAAUGCACUGUAAAUAUUUUUAAUAUACAUUUCUAUUGUAGUUUAAUAAAAAUCUUAAUCACAGACACUA